AUGGCGUCAACCCCACAAGUCGGACAGCGCCUCUCGUAUGACGGCGUCGUCUGCACUGUUCGCUAUGUCGGUGAGGUCGCCGGCACCUCGGGCACCUGGCUUGGUCUGUCCAAGUCGCCUACGGCAGCCUCCUUCGUCCGGCCCACGCGUCCCUCGGAGAAACCUCAGAGUUUUCUCUCGGCGCUGCAUGAGAAGUAUGCUUCCGAGGUGGAUGAGAAGAAUGCUCCCAUAACAUCGGCACGCCUGGUUGAGAUCUCGGGAAAAGUCGUUGAAGAAGUCGGCUUCGACAAGAUCCGGAAACUGUUGGCUCGCGUGGAAGACCUAAAGAUUGUCAUCCUUGACAGCAUGCGGAUUGUCUCGGCCGUAGGUGGAGGGGAUGAUGGGAGGUUUGGUGCCAUGACCGUGGCGGAGACAUGUCCCAAGAUUGUCGAGCUGGACCUUAGCCACAAUCUAUUUGUGGACUUCUCGCCUCUGGUUGACGUGUGCAGCCAGCUACCAGACUUGAGAAGCCUGAGGUUGAAUCGCAAUCGAUUUCAGGAGGCCCUGGGCGACCGCUCCCUUGAACAUGCAGGCCCCGUCUUUUCUAAGAUCAAGGAGCUGGCCCUUGAGGAGACUCUUCUCGACUGGGAUGAGAUAUGCCACAUCACCGCGAGGUUCCAGUCCCUUGCCAGCUUCAAUUGCGGAACUAACCAGCUGGCCACCAUCCCCACGCCUUUACCCGAGGCGCUCUCAUCGACCCUUACCAUUCUGAACCUCGAGUUCAACGACUUUAAAGCGCUCUCAGACGUAACAAUGCUUUCUUCCCUCACAUCAUUACGCAAUCUACACCUUAAAGGAAACAACAUUUCCGCGAUAACCUCCGAUCCCUCCCUCCCUUUUCCCGUAUUCCCACCUUCCAUCCAAUACGUAGACCUUUCUUACAACAAAAUCCCGUCCUGGUCCUUCGUCGACGCCCUCCAAACAAUCUUCCCCGGCCUUACGGCUCUCAGGAUUGCUCAUAACCCCGUCUACGAAAACCCUGACCACACAGCUCAGCAAGAAUCUCGUGCCUCGACUAGCGAAGAGUCUCAUAUGAUCACGAUUGGACGCCUCGGUUGUCUCAAGGUUCUCAAUUUCGUCACGAUCAACGAAAAUGACCGCGCCAACGCCGAGAUGUUUUACCUAUCUCGCAUUGCUAAACAGCUUGCCACCGUGCCAGAUGAUUCCGGUGGCGAGGUGCUUAAAGAGCAUCCGCGGUAUCAAGAUCUUUGCGAGCUGUACGGCGAGCCGGACAUCAUCAGACGGAAGGAAAUGAACCCAGACUUCCUCGAAGCGAGACUUGUGAACGUCACCUUUCGGCACGCCGAUCCUCGGGGGAAGACGAUUGGCUCGCUGCGGACUAAGCAGAUUCCGAACUCGUUCGACGUCUAUGCGUUGAAGGGCAUGGCGGGAAGGUUGUUCGGGUUACCGCCCCUCCGGAUUAGACUCAUCUGGGAGACGGGGGAAUGGGACCCCGUUGCAGGAUAUGAUGAGCAGGAAGGGGAUAGUAGCGACGAGGAGGAAGAGGUUGCUGAGGCGGAGAUGGAAUGGGCUGUGGGGAAGGGGGCAAGUGACGAUGAAGCCUUGGACCGUGGGAAGAGUGCUGCUAGUGCGAUGGUGGGUAGGUGGGUGAAGAGGGAGGUGGAGUUGAUGGACAGUCCAAGAGCUCUGAGGUUCUGUGUGGACGGCCAAGAGGCGAAGAUUCGUGUAGAGGCGAGAUGA